AUGGAGGGGGAGAAGAAAUCGCCGGCGUCGGCGGUGUCCGAUGUGGGCGCGUGGGCCAUGAAUGUCGUCAGCUCCGUCGGGAUCAUCAUGGCGAACAAGCAGCUGAUGUCAUCCAACGGUUACGCUUUCACCUUUGCAACAACAUUGACUGGUUUUCACUUUGGUGUUACUGCACUUGUUGGUAUGAUAUCAAAUGCAACGGGCUUGUCUGCAUCGAAGUACGUGCCUUUUUGGGAACUUCUCUGGUUCUCCAUUGUAGCAAAUCUGUCGAUCACAGGGAUGAAUCUGAGUCUUAUGCUCAACUCAGUCGGAUUUUACCAAAUCUCAAAGCUGAGCAUGAUUCCUGUGGUGUGCAUUAUGGAAUGGAUCCUUCACAAUAAGAAAUACUCGAACGAAGUUAAAAUAUCUGUCGUGGUUGUGGUUAUAGGAGUUGGCGUUUGCACUGUGACCGAUGUCAAAGUGAAUGCCAAAGGGUUUCUUUGUGCUUGUGUGGCAGUUUUCGCAACAUCCUUACAGCAAAUUUCAAUAGGAUCCCUGCAGAAAAAGUACUCCAUUGGAUCAUUCGAACUGUUGAGCAAAACUGCUCCCAUCCAAGCUUUCUCUCUCCUCAUGACGGGCCCCAUUAUCGACUACUAUCUUUCCGGAAAAUUGAUUUUCGACUUCAAUUUUAGUGGUGGAGCCAUCUUAUUUAUACUCCUCUCAUGUUCUCUCGCCGUUUUCUGUAACGUGAGCCAAUAUCUCUGCAUCGGGCGUUUUUCGGCUGUGUCCUUUCAAGUAUUGGGUCACAUGAAGACCGUAUGCGUUUUGACUUUGGGUUGGCUGCUGUUCGACUCGGAGUUGACUUUUAAAAACAUAUUGGGAAUGAUUGUUGCGGUUAUUGGCAUGGUGAUUUACAGUUGGGCCGUGGAAGUCGAAAAGCAACAGGGCAACAAAUUAACGUCUCACGUAAAAAACAGUUUAACGGAGGAGGAAUUUAGGUUGCUCAAGGAGGGAAUGGAGACGAUCCCUCUUAAGGACGUCGAGCUUGGAGAAGUCAAAUAG